CUUCUCCAGGGUCAUGUGAGCCAAGCGAGCGAGGCAGACGGGGGCGCGACUGUGGCUGCUGCCGGGCAAUGCUGGUGGAUCGAUAGCUUUCUAGGCUUUAUGAUUUACAGCCACUGAUUCCUCAACAGAUAUUUAUUUGGAAGAAGACCAACUAAUGGUCUCAGUAAAUGACAGCAAACUGGUAUCUGUUUCAGGUCCAUUGAUUACCUUAGCUUCUGUUGAACUAGCUAGCACUGCAGAUGCAUUCAAGCUUGAUAUGCCACCGCUGAACCCGCUGGAGGAUUGUAAUGGAGAACAAGUAUCGAAUCCAGCAGUUCCCUCCGACCUUCCCUGCUCAUUGGAGACGGAUGUAAAUGUAAAGAAGGAAGCCGAAAAACCCCAGAGCACCAUUUAUGAAGCCCAUUUCAAACUACCUGAUUUUUGCACAGAACUCUCUAGGGAUUUCAUCCCUACACUGGAGGAGAUUGAUGAAUUCCUGAAUGAAAAGACAGAAGUUCUUAAGGAUGAGCUGAAACAGCCAGGAGGAGGACAGCUUGAGAUAAAAUCUGAGAUCAAUUUGAGAAGCCCUGAGAAGCAGUGUACCUCUAGAAUUGCUCCAGGUCUAGAUGAAGGCCGUUCAAGCUUUGUUCCAUCUGGAGUGGCAGAUGCAGGAACAGACAUCCCUGAAGCAAUGGGAAACAUUCCUGUUGUUCUUCAGAUCCAGCCCAUUCAAGCAAGUGAAGGAAAUUCAUCAACUCAGGGUCCUAAUGCGGGUAUCAAAAUGGCCCAACUAGUCAUCAAAAUGCAAGGCCAGAGUGUGACUAUUCUUCCUCAGGUCAUUCAAAGCCCUGUGAUAAGCACAGACCAGAAGUAUGUACGAAUAGCCCCUUUGCCUGUGACAUCGAGGCCAGGAGUAAUUGGAAGCACGAGGAACAUGGAAGCCAAGGUUCCCAAAAUCGCUUCUUCAGUUAUCCGAGUCCACAAGUGCACACAUCCUGGCUGCACCAAGAUGUACACCAAAAGUUCUCAUCUGAAGGCGCACUUCCGACGCCACACUGGAGAAAAGCCAUACACCUGUACAUGGCCUGACUGUGGCUGGAGAUUUUCUCGUUCAGAUGAACUGUCUCGCCACAAGCGCUCCCAUUCUGGACUCAAGCCUUAUCAGUGCCAAGUUUGUGAGAAGAAAUUUGCUCGCAGUGACCACUUAUCAAAACACAUGAAGAUCCACAGAGUGUCAUUCAGUUUGGCAAGCCAGACAAAUCAGGGUUGCGGUAAAAAUUAAGCCUUCCUUCAUUGCCUUGCUAAGAGAAAAAUUCCAGGCGAGAUACAUGUAAGUAUAGAAGACAAUAUUUUUUUGGAAGAGGAGGCAGUAAGCCACUGAUUGUGUCAAAAUCUGUGGAAAGCCCAAAGCCUACCUCUAACCUGAACAUGCCUUACAAUCAGGGCUCAUCUCCAAACAGAGUCUCCCGUUCUGGUGAACUCUUGUAAAAUUUGUAAUUACAUUUCAGACACUUAUUUGAUAAUUAAAGAUGCUGGAACAGGUGCUGGGGGAAGAGAGACGUUUCUUUUGGAAUUUUGGACUGUUGAUCGUAGAGGCAUUUCUAACGCUCCUGCCAUGGUGGACAACAGGAAUAGUUACACAAAUGGGAACUAUAUUUUACAGCAUUCUUUUCUCAAUAAGUAUACAAUUAAUCAUUGAGUCUGGAAGUGAAAAUUACAAGGGGAGGACUACCAAGGAAAUGUUUGCCAAAAACUGGCAAAUGCAAGAUUCAAAAUCAGACACUCUUUUGCCACCAGAUAUGGGUUUCAAAGUAUCCAGUGUUUUUUUGUGUUGAGUUUAAUCAUUUGUAUUUGAAAAAAUUGUUGAAGUUUGGAUAACUGUGAAUUUCAUUUUGGCUCUCACAGCCAAUAUUUCAAUACUUAUUCUGUGGUUCAUGACCCAAAGGCUGCCAGUGCCACAGAAAAGCACCCACAGUGACACUUAUGCUUCUGUUCUUGGAGGGAGUGUUGCAUGGUACAAGAUGUAAACACUUUGUAGAAUUCUGCUAUAAGGCAGAAGAGUCUUCAGCCUGUGUCAUUUUUUAAGGACUGGCAAAAUACAGUCCUAAUGAUUCUGACUCCUGCCUAAAAUGGUCACAGCUUCAAGCCAAUUUCUGCUUUUCUUUUCUAGGCUAUAAAUAAUGAACAGAUGUAAAUGUUAUUGAUUCUAAAAGUAACAAAUGAUUCCAGAAAAAAAGGAAUUCCUCUCAGAAAGCACUUGUCAACUUAGGGGAAACCUCUGUGUUCUUUGUGGUCUCUACAUAGCCCUACAAGUAGUUUCUGCUCAUGUAGAAGCAGCACUUUCUAGAGGUCUAGCCCAGAAACUAAGGUUUAUGUCACCCCAAAGGACAGUUCAGCUUGUGCUCCCAGGGAAUGGGAAAGUGCGCUCUCUAGCUAUUUUCUGACUGCCAUGUUAACUCAGAAAAUUCUGUCUUCCUGGAUAUUUUUCAUCAUACUUCAUCCUUUUCCCUUUUCCUGUGUUUUUUUAAGCCAGUUUUAAAUUUCUUGUUUGCAGCAGGUACGCUUGGUCAUUGUUUUCUUAGCUGUUUCUUAUUACUCCUCUUUUCAAAUGAAAACUCAUUUUGAUCAUUGUUAUCCCAUCAGCACUUUCAGCUCUGGCUUUCAUGGGCAAAUGUGCAGGCUUAUUUUAUUGCAUUAUGUCCGGAGCACCAUAUCAGGUUUCAUGCCCUUUCCCACUUUUAACCUUGUCAGAAAUGUAUGACUGACAUUAGGCAAAGGUGAUGACUGACAAAAGCCUAACCUGUGAGUUUCAUGGCUGAGGAUUUGAACCUAACUGGCUACGGUCCAAGUUUACUCUCACUCUGUUCAUUAGAUCUCCCUGGCUCACUAUACCUUCACCUUGACAAUGAUGUGUUUCUUUUGCUAGGCAUUUAGUAUGAAUGAGAGUAUAGUGCUGCUAUAAAAGAAAGAAAUCUUAACCCAGUCAAAAUAAAAGGUAUCAUUUUUACAGAAAUCUACUUUACAGCUAUGAGGAAAGGAGCAUUGGGAAGCAAGUUUACAUCUUUGUGUAAUUUCAUACGUGUCUGUUCCUGUGUUCAGAUCCAGUUCUCACCAGAAGAGAACAAUAGCUUAUUUAAUGUAAGCCUAAUCCUAUGUAUGUUUAUUUGCAAGUCUGUAAUUCUGAGAGCUGCAUGUGAUUGAGCAUCUUGUUUUUGCCUGCCUUGAGUGUUCCAGCCUCCUUCCCCUACGGGCAACUUUCUUCUUCAGGAUGUGCCAGCAUGAAUGACUCACACUACCUCCUUCUCUUACAUGCUGUAAGGCCCUGGCUUUAAGAAUGCUACUUUUUUCUCCAGCUCCUCCUCCACCCAUUGCACAGUUUUUAAAGCAGGGGUCUGUUCAAAGUUAUAAAGAACUGCUGCCACCAUUA